AUGGGGUUAUGGCUCCAACAUGUCAUACUGUCUAUGGAACCUAUGGGGUCAUGGCUCCAGUGGGUGUGGUGUUAUUUCGCAGUGUCAGAUCCUACAUAGCGGUGACCAAAGUGAAGACCGUGCUGCAGCCUGUGCACCUGGACGCCAGCGAACCCUGGGAGAAGUGGGCGGGCCUUCCACGCGGGGCCUGUGAUGUCAUCGUGGCCAUUAACCUGCUUCAGUGCAGCUCUUUCGACACCGUAGAGGGCGUCGUCAAAGGAUCAGGACAGAUCCUCAGACAAAAUGGUCUCUUGAUCACACAUGGGCCCUACGCCAUCAACGGCACCAUCACCCCCAGCUGUAUGGAGGACUUGGACCAGGAACUACGACAGAUGAACCCAGGGUGGGGUCUACCAGACAUCGACAUUCUGAGACAGCUGGCGUUUGGGAACGGGAUGCGCAUGGAGAGGAUGGUGAGUCUCUUUAACCAGUCUGCUGGUGUGUAUGUAUAAACUAAUGUAUCUUUAAGGAUGGACUAUACUGUACACACAGAACAUGUAACAUGGGU